UCAUCGGUGUUGACUUACUUGUCCAGUUGAUUUAUAGCCAAGGUUAAGUUUUGUUACUCUCAAUAAUCAUCUUUGAUUCGACAUUGCUUGUUAAGUUUUUUGUUGUAAAAUCAAAACUUAUCUGAACAAAAAGAAGAAAGUUCAGGAAUUUCACGAUUGUUUUCGAGCAAUUUGUUACAGCAAACAAACUCUUAAUUCCGAGUCAAUAUGAAGUGUUUUUUUUAAUUUUCUUCGCUCAGCAUUCUAGUUUAAAUUCUAAUAGUUAGAUAGAAAAUUAUCUAUUUAAAAUUCAGUAUAAGUAAUAAAUUGAUGAAACAAUAAAAAUGAAGGAAAAAAUAACAGUAUGUGGACCACCGAGCUUUGAAAUCCCGAAUAUUUCAUUCGGGCAAUAUAUUGUGGACCGAUUGCGUCAAUCGCCGCUUCAUAUUGUCCAGGUGGAUGCCAAAACAGGAGAAAUUUUAACAAAUUAUGAGGUACUUGAUAAAAGCAUCAAGCUAUCUAAAUAUUUGGAACAAAAGGGCAUCAAAGUUGGCGACACAGUUGCGAUAUCCAGUGACAAUAUUCUGAAUUAUUUUAUCGCAGUAUUUGGAACUAUUUAUCGCGGAGCUGCUAUUGCGCCAAUGAAUCCAGAUUAUUUAGAAGAUGAAAUAAAACGGUGCUGCAGAAUAUCACGCCCGCGGCUGAUUUUUGUAUCAUUAAAAACAAGAGAUAAAAUUUUUCACGCCACUAAAUCAUUACCUUGGAAAAUUGAAUUGAUUCAAUUAGAAACAUUGGAUAGCAUAUUAUCGAAAUUUGAUAAUAACAAUUAUAAAAAUAAUUUCUAUCAAAAUUUUCAACCCGAGAGCGUUAAAAAACCCAAAGAACAGGAAAUCGUUAUUCUUUACUCGAGCGGAACAACUGGAUUGCCAAAAGGUGUCAUGCUGUCUCACCACAAUGCCUUGACAAUUUCGUAUACUUUCAGAUCACGACAAUUCCGAGAGUUUCAGGAUAAAUCAAUAGACUUGAUAUUCUUGCCGUUUUAUCACGGGUACGGAUUCGCGAUGAUGAUGUCAAUCAUAACGAUGGGCACCACUGCGGUGGUGAUGAAGUCGUUUGAGCCGGAAUUAUUUUGCCGGGCCAUUGAAAAGUUUAAAGUAAAUACUUUACCGCUGGUUCCGCCGAUCAUGAUAUUCUUAGCCAAAAAUCCGAUUGUAAGCAAGUAUGACUUCCGAUCGCUCAAGGAGAUCAUUUGUGGCGCUGCUCCGUUGUCAAGAGAAGUCCGAGAAGCAGUGAAGUCUCGAUUUCCUUGGGCGAAAAUCCGAACUGGAUACGGGAUGACUGAGUUAUCAGUAGCAGUGUGUCUCAGUGAUCGGAACAGUCAGAAAUCGGAGACAAUUGGAAACCUAACAUCUGGUGUAUGCUGCAAAGUUAUUGAUCCCGAGACAUCAAAGUCUUUGAAGGCUUACGAAACGGGUGAGCUGUGCUUCAAGGGUGAUCAUGUCAUGCUGGGAUACAGAGAUGAUCCUGAGGCAACUGGUCAAACGAUUGACCAUCAUGGCUGGCUGCACACCGGCGAUCUCGGUUAUUUCGACCACGACGGUGAUUUAUUUAUUGUCGGGCGACUCAAGGAACUCAUUAAAUCUAAAGGAUACCAGAUAGCUCCAGCCGAAAUAGAGAAUAUACUCCUGUCACAUCCAGAUGUCAAUGACGCUGCGGUAAUCGGAAAGUAUGAUGCCACCGGGGACCAGGUUCCUGUUGGUUUUGUCGUUAAAAAACCCCAGUCCGAUGUUACGGCAGAGCAAUUACGCAAAUUUGUCGAUGAUAAAGUAUCAAUUCAGAAGCAUUUGAAGGGAGGUGUGAAAUUCAUCGACGCGAUUCCCAAGAGUCCGGCGGGGAAAAUACUGAGACUUCAACUCCAAUUGAAUUCAAAGCUAUAGUUGGUACAAAAUUGAACUGAAGAUAUAAAAAUGUUUUUUAUGCACUUGAAAAAUAUAUUAAUUUUUUUUUGUAUUUUUUAUGGAGAAAAUU